CAUUUGAUUCAUUCUUACGAUUGUGGAAAUCUUCCAAAACAGCACUCGAUUCACGAACUAAUAAUUUCAGCUGCUACACUAAAACAUUAUUAGAGCAUACAAUAAAAAAGUGACAUUGGGCGGCGUCUGAGGAUCUGAAGUCGAUAACGGGUCGUCAAUGCAUAAACAGUUAGUUUAUUUACGAGGUGAUGUGAAUCAACGUGAAUGAAUAAAAUGCGAAGUAAUAAGUACUAUAGCUGCGUAGAUGCAUCAAGGAUUAGUGUAGGCUACGCAUGGUGAAUUAUUGCUAUUAUUUUUAUGUACUUCUGCAUACGCCGGGCGAUCGGCUGGAAAAUUACAAAAAUCGUCAUUAGUAUUGUUAAAUAUGAGUUCAGCAGCGUUAAGGGCGUACGCCCAAGAAUAUUUCAGCUCCAUUAAUUCAAUAGCUGAAAGAAUUCGGGCAGACGUCAAUACAGCCGUAACUGCGUAUGAAGAUUUGUGGCAUACAUUAAGUCCUGAAGACCAAAAUCAGGUUCUAGACGAUACCAUUAUACAUCCCGAGGCUGUACUGAAAUAUUCUCUUUGUCAACAAAAUGAAAUAGAAAUUGAAUGUUUUCCACGGCUACGAUUAGAAACGGGUUAUAAAUAUGUGACAGAUGACGACGGAGGAAAGGAACAAGCAAGUCGUGAAAUGGAGGGAUGAACACUCUGCACCAUUUACAUGGAUGACCCAAAGCCAACUGAAUCUCAGCAUUAUGGACUCCACUGAAAAAGAUAGCAGGAAACCUCCAUUACAGUCUUCUGACACUUUAUUUACACCAUCAAAGAAACCUUUCAACACCUCUGACGGUUUUGUUGACCCACCAGAUGUAGUGUUGGGUGGAUCGUCAUCUCGAUUGGCAUCUAGUCUUAGUCCAAAAAUCAACUUAGCAACAAAAAAUCCCUGUGGAGAAGAUAACUUACUAACAAAACUUAAAAAUAAGACGGCAGUAUUAAAAAUACAGACAACUUUGAAAUCUACAAUAGGCAAACCAGAACCAGAGAGAGUUCCUUGUCAGUCUGAUAAUGACAAACAAGCCCUUGUUCACACAAAGACAAUUCGCAGUACUACAAACAAUUUGAAGAAUACAAAGAAUUUGGGUAAUAAACCACUGGUGUCUAAACCAAAGACUCCUCCUCCACCACCUCCCACAAAACAGAAACCUAUGUCAGAAACCAAGCUAGAGGAAGAUCCUGAAAGAAAAGCUUUAUUGCCAGGUGCUCCUUCUAGUGGUCAGAACUCUAGAGAAACUAAGGAACAUUUGGUAGUGAAAUCUACUACUUCCAUUGAUUCAAUUGACUUAGAUGAUUUCCAUAUUAAUCUGAACAGUCCAUCAAAGGAUGUUCCAAAAACAGGUUUUGAUUUCCUAGACAACUGGUAGUUGUGCUUCAUUUUUUCCAUUUUUCUUUUGCAUGGGUCACCAAAGAUACAUCUACUGAACCAUAUUUAUGGUGUGUAAAGCCUCAAAGUCUUAUGCUCUGUCUUACUUUUGUAUUCCUAUGGUUCAUAACUGUGAUUUAUUAAUUUUAGAGAUGUUCAACACUAUAUCCUGUAUUGAGAACCUGAAGAACUGCAUAGUGUAUUUUUGCUGUCUUGAACAAGAUAUAUCUAGCUAGAGUAUGAAAAGAUUAACGAAACUGUAGUGGUAUACAUUUUCUGAAUAUUUUUACAAUUUUUGUAAGUGGAUAUUAUAAUGAUUUUAGUGAAAUAUGAAAAAGUAUUACUUUUACCUGUUUCAUACCAGAAAUAGUGUUGAUGUACCUGAGUGUUAAAAAGGCUCAUAACCUGUAAGAAGUUUUAUUCUCAUCCAGUAUUGGAAAAAUAUAAGCUUGCGAUUAUUUAUUUUUAUGUUGGAGUCGAAGUAUUGUUACAUUUCACAGAUUAACUGAAGCCUUUGAUAUUGCUUUUCCAAGUAGCAACCAAAAUAUUAUCUUUCAGCAUAACCUAUACCUUGGGCUAUGUUACAGAUCAGUUUGUCACUACAACCUGCAUCCCAAAACACACAUGAUGAAACUGACAUCCAGUAUUGGUAGAUUCAAUUGAAGGCAUUUCACAGAGUUGUGGUUUUCCAAUAAAAACUGAUCUGAUGUUUGGUAUGAAUAACAAAUUGAUACCAGGGAUCACCGUGCUUAGCAGCAUGUUGAAACUGGGGAAAUUCAUCCUCAGAUGCUGUUUGAAAUGAAUAUCAAAACUUCCUACUCCUCUGUUGAUUUUUGAAGGUAUUUUUCGUCAUUUUUAAAACAGUUGUGGAUAAAUUGUUUUGCCUCACUCCUUUUUGAAAAUUUGCAGUUAUAAAAUGCAAAUCAUAAUUGGCAAUUAUUCUAUAGAGUCAUGCAUUUUAAGUUCCAGAAAAUGAGAAUCAGAUACAAGUUGCACUGAUUCAGUGUUACUUUUGUUCUCUCUCUCUCUCUCUCUCUCUCUCUCUCUCUCUCUCUCUCUCUCUCUCUCUGUCUGUUUUGUUACCCUUUGUUACAUUGUGUGUGACUACAUGUUGUUUGACUAGUCAGUGGAUAUGCUUUUAACAAAUGUUACCUGUCCCCCCCCCCCCCAACCCCCCUCCCUCCCCCCCCCCCCCCAAAAAAAAUCGGACUGUGCUUGAAAAUUGGCACUUCACUCCACUUUAAUAUUUAAUUGUAGACUUGAUUUAACAGUGAUUGGUGUUAGUAUCUGUGUGGAAUGUUUACCUGGGUAAAACAUGUUGUUUCCAUUGCUAACAAUCAGAAACGAGUAACACUAAUCUGUAUUGUCUUCAUUCUUUCUUAGGCAAACUAUGAAACAUCGUAUUCCAUGACAGCCAUUAGUAUCAUGAAUAUAUCUUGUAGUUAAAUGUAGCAAAUAAGAACUUAUACUGAAUUGUGUCAGGCUAUGGAUAUCUAUAAAUCAGUUGCUGGCUAUAUGCCAUAUGGGAGUGCACUGGUGUGAUGGUCACCGUUAAAGAAUACAAUUCUCCAACAGUUAAAUAUAUCUGUUACUGAACUUGGUCAUUUUUUGUAAAUCGAGAAUUUUUUUAAUGUCUUACAAACUCAAAUGGAAGAAACCAGACAGAUGUUAUAGAAUCAGAGAUACAAAUGAAAUGUGGCAAGUGUCUUUGUUUCACUUUGUGUGUCAUGUAUAUAUUAAGGUUAUUGGUCAACAUGCAUAUUAACAUUCAGGAUGCAUCAACUCUAUAAUUGUAUUUAUUAAAAAUUGUUUUAAAUUUUUGUUGUGUAAUUUUUUUUUACUUAUUUUGAGAGUAAAAAGUGAAUUUAAAUAUAUAACUAUGUUAAUCAUUAUUGCAUUUACUGUUUACCUUGAAAGGAACAAGAAAAUGUAAUAUACAUGCAACUUUGUGCCUUCCCAAGUGCAGCUUUCUUUUGUCGAGUAUAUUUUCUAAGUAUUAACCAUUCUGCAAUGCUAGUCCUUUACUGCUGUUACUUAAUGUACCACAAUGUAGUUUUCAAUCUCGAGCCCAUGACUAUUGUUACUGGCUUCCUGUUUCACAUGACAGUGUACUUACCUUUGUAUCACAGAUUGAGGUGUCAGUUUAUUAAUGAAAUAACUACUCAGGUAAUUCCUUUCACAACUGCCAUGUUCACAAACAUACCAUUUGUUGUUAUAGCACAAUUAUGAUGCUGUAUAUAGCUCAGCAUUCCAAAAUACUGUUUCUUCCAGGGCAUUAAUUGAGAAAAGGUCAGUAACAUCUACUAGAAAUUCAAGUUAAAUAUUGCUAGUGCUAUUUCCGAAAGGGUGGUUGGUUUAUUUAAUGAUCAGUUUUGUUUAUGGUGGCUUCUUUAAUAUAAAAAAAUAAGGAAGGUAGUUAUCCUCUGAUACUCAUAAUUAUGACUGUGGUGCAAGUGCAAAUUUUCUUAUCCAUGGCCUGAUGUACUGUGUUGGUAAAUUGCAAAAAUGCUUGAUUUUAUUAUCAGUACGAGUAUGCUGACUUCAGUAUCAGAAUACGAACUGAACUGUAAAACUGCUAGCAUAACAAUGAGGUAUUUUCAUUGACUCAUCAAGUUUCUGAUAAAAGUAAAUCACUUAUCGAACAUAGCAGCUGUGAUUGUUACUACUGCAUCAAUUUAAUUUUUUUUUUUUUUUUUUUAAUGCUGUGAACUAUGUAGGUCUUAUUUAAAUGAAACAUUAUAGUCAGUAAUUAGUAAUUAAUUUCCUGUGCACAUUUGCUAACAACCUCUGUAGGUUUCUUGCAUUUGUUUUGUGUAUAUUUCUGUAUCCUUUACAUUUUUUCAGUGCAAUUUGCAUUUGAUUUUUAUGUAUUUUCUUAUUAUAAGCUGGCACUUCCCAGUAUUGUGGAAUAAUUUGGAAAAGCUAGUGUUUAGGAUGUAGUGGUUAUGAAAUGUGUGAUUUCUCUGCCCAUGACACUUUUUUCCUUUAAUUAUAAAAUUACUAAGCAAGGAUGCUCCUAGGAUGCAUCUAUGAAUUACUUUCUAUGAAGCUUAAUUUUCUCGUCAUUUGGCUGUAUCUGGUUUAUUGUACUGUAGCCAGUGGCUGUAAUUCCCAGAAGACACAUAGAUGUUAGAGAUUUGCUUUGCUGAUGUGGUAGAAUGCUGUAUAGACUUCAGUGCCCCUUGGCUUUGUACCAUAAGAUAAUUUUUUUUU